UUUUUUAUCUCUUUUGUUUUCGUGUAUAUAUACUCAUUCAUCCAUCAUAAAAACUUUUAUGGAUUAUAAUACUGUUGUCCUUGAUAUAGAAGGUACUAUUACACCUAUUACCUUUGUAAAGGACGUAUUGUUCCCUUACGUUACCAAUGGUCUUGAUGCUUUUUUGGAUAGAUCUUGGGGAACUUCAGAUUUAGAUCAAUACAUUCAAUUAUUACGUGAACAGGCUGAAAAAGAUGUCAAAGCUGGUAUACCCGAAGCUGUUGUGAUUCCUCCUACUGGAUCAUCCUCCGUUGAAGAUAUUAAAGCCGCAAUCAAACAAAAUAUUCAUUGGCAAAUGGCAUCAGAUAGAAAAAUUGGUGCAUUGAAAGCAUUUCAAGGAUAUAUGUGGAAAGAAGGUUAUGCAUCAGGUGAAAUUGUUGGCAUUGUAUAUGAUGAUGUUGUACCUGCACUUGAUCGAUGGAAAAAGGAAGGCAAGAAUAUUUAUAUUUAUUCUUCUGGUAGUGUUCCAGCUCAAAAACUAUUAGUUGGACAUACAAAACAAGGUGAUUUAUCCAAGUAUUUUUCUGGUUAUUUUGAUACAUCCAUUGGUCUCAAAGUGGAAGAACAAUCUUAUUUGAAUAUCUCCAAAGAAUUAAAGAUUGAUAAUAAAAAUACCAUACUCUUUGUAACGGAUAAUAUCAAUGAAGUUUAUGCAGCAGAAAAGGCAGGAAUUCAAGUAGUAAUAGCUAAUCGACCUGGAAAUGCUCCUCUUCCUUCUUUAGAUUCAUCUUAUAGAAUAGUAACUACAUUUGAUUCUCUUUAAUAAUAAUGAUAAACAAUUCUAUUUAAUUAACUA